CGUUUUUUGAGCGGUACAAGUUUUGCAAUUGUUGACUGAGUCAGAGUGUCACGGGGUAGUACUGUGACACUGGUUUUGUUGACUUCCAGUUCUCCUUUGACAAAGUACUGAUUUGAAUCCAGUUUUGAGCGCUGCGUUGUUUGCCAAUCAUCAAUAAAUCAGAAGAAUAUUUGAGCGCUAAACGUUAUCUAAGUUAAUGGCGAUAAGUGAAGACGACUGGGACGUGUGUCAGUAAUUAAAGGUUUGAACUCUUACUAAUCGAGGAGUAACCUAAGCCAUUAAAUUGGUUGAGAAUGGCAAGCAGAAGGGAUGCCAAUGAGAGCACCCCUCUUCUGGACUCAGGUUCUGGGAACAGACAUUCACCACCAUCUGUUUUCCAGGGAAGAAGAGGAGCAUGCGCAGCCAUCCUGUUGGCUGAAUCUUUAGAAAGGAUUGCAUUCUAUGGCAUCACAUCCAAUCUGGUCCUUUUUCUCAAUAGUAGUCCCUUUUAUUGGGAGGGUACUCGGGCAAGCCAGGGUUCGCUGAUAUUCAUGGGAGUUACCUACCUGAUUUCGCCAUUUGGAGGCUGGUUGGCAGAUGCAUUCCUUGGGAAAUUCUGGACAAUUGCUUCAAGUUUGAUCCUAUAUCUUAUUGGCAUGCUAUUUUUCCCUUUUAUUUCAAAUGAGAACACCAGGAUACACCUAUGUGGAGAAGAGAUGGCAUUUCCUGUGCAACCUGCUGAAUGUAUGAGCACAAACAGUACCCCACCUAGCAAUGUAACCUGUCCCGUUCGUGCCUCAUAUUGUGGCACUGCUGUCUACAGUGGACUUUUUCUAAUUGCAUUAGGUGUGGGUACUGUGAAGUCCAACAUCACUCCUUUUGGGGCAGAUCAGGUGAAAGACAGAGGACCAGAGGCCACGCGCAGAUUCUUCAACUGGUUCUACUGGUGCAUCAACCUAGGAGCUAUUCUGUCUCUGGGUGGUGUGGGCUACAUCCAGCAAAAUAUCAGCUUUGUGUAUGGCUACAUCAUUCCAACAGUGUGUCUUGGAGUCUCCUUCCUGGUCUUUCUCCUGGGCCGAACCGUCUUCAUCAGCAAGCCCGCUGAUGGCAGCACCUUUACGGAUAUGUUUAAGAUUCUGAACUUCGCCUUAUGGUCCCAGAAACCCAGGGAACCUAGUCUGCUCCAAAAAAAACCAACACUGCUAGACAGUGCCAAAGUGACCUAUGGAGGAAAAUUUCCAGAAGAGAAAGUAGAGGACGUGAAAUCUUUGUUGAAAACCCUCCCGGUUUUCUUGGCCCUUAUCCCAUACUGGACUGUAUACUUUCAGAUGCAGACAACAUAUGUCCUGCAGGGCCUCCAUCUGAAGAUCCCUGGUACUGCUUCGAACUUCACUACUGAUGCCCAACAGAUGACGUUCCGUUUCCCCGCCGCCUGGCUCACCAUGUUUGAUGCAGUGCUCAUCCUUAUGCUGAUUCCCCUAAAGGACAAAGUGGUGGACCCCAUCCUAAAACGCCAUGGCCUGCUGCCAUCCUCUCUGAAGAGGAUUGCAGUGGGGAUGUUCUUUGUGAUGUCAUCAGCUGUGGCAGCAGGUAUUUUGGAAACCAAACGUUUGGAAAUCGUCAAAUCUUUUGGUACCAUUGACCAGGUGCUUGGCAACGCUAUCUACUACGCAGCAGAUCUACCCAUAUGGUGGCAAGUCCCUCAGUAUGUGCUAAUAGGAAUCAGCGAAAUCUUUGCCAGCAUUGCAGGUCUGGAGUUUGCCUAUUCUGCAGCCCCCAAGUCCAUGCAGAGUGCCAUCAUGGGGCUCUUCUUUUUUUUCUCUGGGGUUGGCUCCUUCGUAGGCUACGGUUUGUUAGCUCUCGUCUCCCUCAAGGAGAUUGGCUGGAUGUCAUCCCACAAAGACUUUGGUAAUAUCAAUGACUGCUCUCUGCACUACUAUUUCUUCCUCCUGGCGGGGAUACAGGGUGUCACCUUGUUGGUCUUCCUUAUUGUCUCUGUCAAGUAUGACAAGCAGAAGGCCAGAGCAGGAAGCCAAAGGCAGAGACACACCUCCUCCUGACCUCACACUCCAUGUCCUCCUCACCACACCUGCCUUUUCCAGUCGUAUAUCACGCAGUGGCCUAAGACCCUGUUUAAUAGAUACAUGCUAAUCAAAUGCUACAGAAGUUUGGGUUACCUCAUAUGUUAUCCUGUCAUGACUGUAUAUAUCUUAUCUGUGUUUGUUUUAGCUUUUAAGCAGGGAUUCUUUAUUAUUAUUUUUACAUCACUGCCUGGAUGUGCAGGUACCACAGAGUAUAGCCAUAUUUGAAUAGUUUCUUCUGUGUUCUCUUACUCCUGUGCGUUUACUCUUGUUGCCUUUCAUUGAUCAUUUGCACUUGACUUGAGGAGUGGUAGCAUAGUUUCUAAUUUUCAAAUUACGAAGAAUUGGAAUUUUACUUAGUUUUCUAACAGUCUUGUAUUUGGACUGACUUUUUUUCUAAGCAUUUUACCAACUCGGCUAUGAUACAUCAGUAUUUAGUCAAACUUCCCCUGUAAAUGGUUUCUGAAAUUCUAGUGCAGUAAAUGUACUUGAAUGUCAGCAUUAUUUCUUGGUUACCCCUGUUGGGCCUCUAGAGAGCUUCAAAUGCAGACACAGCAACAUAGGUGUAAUCACAUUGAAUGGAAGAUUAAUUAGUGUAAUUAAUGUAGGGGGUAAUUUAAUGUUUAAGUGUUGUUGCAGAUUCCCAGAAAUGAUUGCUGUUAAUGCUGAGAGACAAUAGGGCAUUCAUUAGCAGUUUGUAAUAGAACACAAUUAGAUUUCUAUCUGACCUAUCGAAAAUUGAAAUCUAUUGGGAAAAACGUAUUUCUUCUGCCAGUGAUUGCAUACUGUAACUCCAUUUUAUAAAUAUGUUGUACUGUAAAUCCUGAAAGAGCACCAUACAUGAAUAAUAACUCCUUAUGUUAAAAAUAGUUCAUGGCUCCUGUGAAGCUUCAGUGUUUGUUUUUUGUUUGUUUUUUUUUAUUUUUUCUGGUCAAGCUGCAAAGCCACACGCCUACGUGACAAACAACCUUCAGCUUAACAAGUAACCUUGAAUGUAGCUUUUAAAAUAUGUACAGCAUUAAUGCUCUAAUAAUGAUUAAAAGGGAAAUAGUUCAGGAAUUAAAUCAUAAAACUCACAUUAAAUCACAUAGACAGUAUUUCUAUAUUUAUACUUUCUUAGCAAUAUAAAUCAUAGCUUUGACAUUAUUUGUCAAUCUUUCCCAUUGAUAUCAUGGCUUUGCAGCUUUGCCAAAAAAUCUUGAACACAAUGUUUGUUUUUUUUUGUUUUAGCUUUAUACUGUUAAAAAUUGUGCGUGUUUCUUUAAUCCUCAGAAUAAGGAGAGCACAAAGUACAGCAUUUUAUUAGAUCAAGAAAC